AUGGAAUACAGUUCUCAAUACAUCUUAGUCAUAACAACAGUCAUCGUCAAAGCCAUCGUCGUUAUGAUCAUUUGUGCAGAAUCGUCGUCACUGGCAUCAUUAACACGGAAGUCAUCAUCAUUGCUUGUAUUCUACAUAAUUCCCGGAAGAAACAACACUGCGAAACCGUUCAAAAGAGGUGAAGCAAAUGUGGUUUCCCAUUUACAGUAA